AGAAGUAAAUGUCAGUCAUUUUUAAGAAAGGUCUUCUUCAAAACUUUGAACCAAAUGCCCUCUGACGAUAACUCCCAUUCCAAAUCACCCGCAAAUCCGCCGUCUUCCUCCUCCUCCUCCCUGUCCCAUUUCUCCAGGAGCUUCACCACCACCACACGAUCAUCAAAGAGAACAUGUGCCAUUUGCCUUGGGAGUAUGAAAGCUGGGAAUGGUCAGGCCAUCUUCACUGCUGAAUGCAGCCAUGCUUUCCACUUCAGCUGCAUUGGCAAUAGUGUUAAGCAUGGAAACCGCCUUUGUCCUAUCUGCAGAUGCAAAUGGAAGGAAAUCCCUCUCCAAUUUCCCACCUUCAGUACUGAUGUAAACGGUAUCAAUGUUGGAGGAUCUCGCGUGUCUCCUUACCAUGUAGUACUUGAAGAUCCUGUUAACUUCUCUUGUCCUCUACCAACAAUAUCUCCACCUUGUCCCCAACACAUUCCAUUCUUGGAUGAUGAGCCCCUUCUCAACAUCACCGUGGAUCAUACCUCCUCUCCUUCCGCACUUUAUUCGGGAAAUAUCCUCAUGAAAUCUUUUGCAGAAUUUCCUGCAGUUGGUGCUGCUGAAGAUGUGCCAAGAUUUGCAGUUCUUGUUGAAUUAAGGGCACCACCACUCUUAGAUGGUGCUCAGGACCUAGAGCGUGCGCCGAUUGACCUGGUUGCGGUGCUAGAUGUUAGUGGGAGCCUAAGUUGCCCCGACAUGGCAAUUUAGGUGCCGCACCCGUGUCGACACGACACUAGUAUGGGUGUGGGUAUGGGAUCCGUACCAGAUCUGGUCAAACAAUUUUGGGUACUUUGACCACGACGGAUAGAAAAAUUCGAGACGAGAUACAAUUUGUUUACCGAAAUCAGAACUAAAACUAGGGUAAAUUUGAAGAAAAUAGCAUAUCUUAUCUAGGAAAUCAAUCUUUUACUUAUCUACAACUUG